AUGGGUCGCAGCCGCAGCCGCUCCCCACGGAGGGAGCGUAGGCGGUCUCGGUCCACGUCCCGGGAAAGAGAACGCAGGCGCCGAGAAAGGUCCCGGUCCCGGGAGCGAGAUCGGAGAAGAAGCCGCUCUCGCUCCCCACACAGAAGGCGUUCCAGGUCUCCAAGACGACAUAGAUCCACAUCUCCUUCCCCUUCUCGACUGAAAGAAAGAAGAGAUGAGGAGAAGAAAGAAACAAAAGAAACAAAGAGCAAAGAACGUCAGAUAACUGAGGAAGACUUAGAGGGCAAAACAGAGGAAGAAAUAGAAAUGAUGAAGUUAAUGGGAUUUGCCUCCUUUGACUCCACAAAAGGGAAAAAGGUGGAUGGCUCUGUAAAUGCCUAUGCCAUAAAUGUGUCUCAGAAGAGAAAGUAUAGGCAGUACAUGAAUCGAAAAGGUGGAUUCAACAGACCUUUGGAUUUCAUUGCAUGA